GUUAGAUGGGAGUGUGCUGUGUAACUGAUCGUGUAUUUGUAUUUUAUGAAGAGAAGAAUUACCGUUUUUUUUUUUCAUUUUUUAGUCAAAGUUUAAAAAAAUUUCAAAAAUAGCGCUUCCCCGGUUUCAUUGAUUUUUACCAAUAUAAAUUUACAGUAAGGUUAAUCGAUGGAAAAUAUAGAUAGAUUGUCACAAGAUGAAUACGAAAAUCAGUAUUAUGAAUUUAGUUCCACAGAUUUAAUAGAAAAAUUUAAUGAUGUAGUUAAAAGGACAAUACAGCUUGCUUUAUCUAAUGUGGAAAAUGGAUUUGAAAUGGUUGGUAGUUCUGAAACUAUCCAUAAAGAUUUGCUUAGGAGUCGGAUAGAUCAAUUGUAUGGUUUCUAUAUGGAUAGUGCCAAAAAGGCUCUCUGUAAAUUUGAAAAAGAAGCAAGAAACACAUUUGCAAUACCUCCUAAUGUUUUACUUGAAGAAGAUGAACUCAAAGUGGAAACAACCACAGAAGAAGAAAUAAAGAGUUUGAAAAAUGACUUAGAAGAACUAACGAAGACACUUAUUCAAGAAAAAGUGUUUUUGGCGAAAUGUAACAAAAUGAAAGAAACUUAUGACAAUAAUGUUAACCCUAUCUACAAAAAAGUAAGUGGCAUUUUGAAAAUGGCGAAGAAUAACUUGAAAGAUUCUUCAUCACUACAGGAUACCAAACUAAGGGAAGUUUAUUACACUAAAGUAGAACCAUUUAUAGGCACAAAACACAGUGAAGAAGAUGAUGUUAAGAACAAUGACUUUUUUGAUUAAAAAUUAUGUUUUGUAUAUCUAGAUAAGUAAAUGUAUUUUAUAUUUUGUCAUAUAUAUGUAUUUUGUGGA